UGUCGCAGACGCAAUUCCGGCAUCUCUCACUCAACUCUCAGAUGCUCGACAAGCGCUUUGCCGGGCUCGAGAUUAAAUUAAGCGCGGCCUGAAGGCUGGCACCACUCCACCAGAUCUAGACACGCGCAGCAGCUACGGGUGCUGCAGCAUGGCCAUUAGUGCGUCCGCCGUCCAGCAGAAUCCACAUGCAAAAGCCACCUGGGUGUCCGAUAACCACUCACCAAUCCCUUAAUUCACACAACUCAACCGCCGCGCUUCCCCAGAUCGAGGAGUUGGGCUGCAUACCCAUCCAGGCCUAUCAGAUACGGGCAAGAAGGCAAACGUCGCAGCGAAGGCAAACGCCGCAGCGAGAUCAAGUCAAGUCGGCGAUCAGCCGAGGUGCCUUUUACGACACGAAGGGCCAGGCAAAGGGCCAGGCAAGUGGCCAGGCAAAGGGCCAGGCAAAGGGCCAGGCAAGAAGCAAAGUUCGCGCCAGACUGCGGGCCAUCCGCGGCAUUUCAACUGAAGCUUCAGUUGUCCAGGAGCCGAGUGAAGCCAAGGAAAAGACGAUAGCGUGGGUGGGUUGAGCGGGGCUUGAUCGCGGGGUCUGCGAGCCCAGGCGAGACACGGCGGCACUGGAUGGUAGAAUCAGAUCAGCGAGCUGCAAGCCAUGAGCGUCGAUUCAGUCUCGCUCCUCCUGCAGUUGCGGGACGACAACCGUCAGCCAUGGAAUUUCCGACAUUGAUCACGAGCCUCCAUCUUUCCAGCUUUGUGCAUGC